AUGGAUGAAAUCCAGCCACUGCUUGCUCUCCUUGGAGGCAUCUGUUGUUCCAUUUUCCUGCUAAAGUGCAUUUGGUUUUUGAAGUAUUUUCUUCCUUACAUAUGGAAUAUUUUGCCUCCAUCUUAUUUUCGUUCAAUGGGAGAAUGGGCAGUGGUCACUGGAGCAGGAGAUGGAAUUGGAAGAGCCUACUCCUUGGAGCUUGCCAAGCAUGGGUUAAAUGUGGUUCUCAUAAGUCGGUCACUCAAAAACAUGGAGAAGGUAGCCUUGGAAAUUGAGCAAACAACUAAGAGAACUGUGAAAAUCAUACAAGCUGACUUCACAGAAAAUGACAUAUAUGAAAACAUUGAAGAAAAUCUUCAAGGAUUAGAAAUUGGAAUUUUGGUUAACAAUGUUGGGAUGCUACCUAAUCGCUUUCCAUGCCAUUUUCUUAAUAUUCCAGACAAAGAUGAGGACCUCAUUAAUUGCAACAUCAUGUCUGUCACUAAGAUGACACGAAUCGUUUUGAAACAAAUGGUGGCAAGAAACAAAGGUCUAAUUCUUAACAUUUCAUCAGCCCUUGGCACCUUUCCUUGCCCUUUAUAUACACUCUAUUCUGCAUCUAAGGCUUUUGUAUAUACAUUUUCCAAAGCACUUCAAGUGGAAUAUCAAUCAAAAGGAAUUGUGAUACAGGCAGUGACUCCCUUUGCUGUUUCUACUCCGAUGAUCAUGCAUAAGCAACCCAAUCUGAUCACCAAAACAGCAGAAGAAUUUGCACGAGAGUCACUGAGAUAUGUUACAUUUGGUGAUGAAACAUUUGGAUGUUUAGCCCAUGAAAUCUUGGUAAUCCGAGUUAUGAAUUUGAGUUUGAGUGCUUUCCUCUAG